AUGAAGCUAUUUGUAAUCCUCUUCGUGUGGGCUUUGACAAUCUCAAGUAGCAUUGUCUACGAUCCUAGUCCCCUCCAGGACAUUUGUGUGGCUAUAGCAGAGCCCAAGAAUGCUGUGUCUGUGAACGAGAAAUUCUGCAAGAAUCCAAAUCUUACGGUCGUCGAUGAUUUCCUCUACCAAGGGCUCAACAUUCCUGGGGAUACCAAUAACAAGCUCGGGUCAAAAGUGACCCCUGUCACCGUCGACCAGCUCCCGGGGAUCAACACUCUAGGGAUCUCUUUAGCCCGCAUCGACUUCGCCCCUUACGGCUUGAACCCACCCCACAUCCACCCUCAUGGAACUGAGUUCCUCAUAGUCGUGGAGGGACUCUAUGUCGGGUUUGUUUUGUCAAACCAGCUAGGAAACAGACUCAUCACCAAAGUAUUGAAGCCUGGAGACGUGUUUGUGUUCCCUAUAGGCAUGAUCCACUUCCAGCUCAACGUAGGAAAGACCAACGCAGUCGCAUUUGCAGGCUUGAGCAGCCAGAACCCUGGUGUCAUCACAAUCGCUAAUGCCUUGUUUGGAGCUAAGCCACCAAUUAAUCCGGAUGUUUUGACCAAGGCAUUUCAGGUGGACAAGGACGUUACCAGUUAUCUCCAAUCCCAGUUUUGGUGUGACAACAACUAA